UGACUCCCGAAACCCAGAGAGGCCAUUUAUCCCAAGAAAAUUUCGGCCGUUUCCCUGCUUCACCCUUCCCACCCUUCCCUCUAUAUCUCAUCGGUGGAGAGAGACGUGAGAGGAGGCGGAUUCUCUCUCCUUCCCUCUCCCUAUCUAUCCUUUCGUAUUCCACAAAGACACUCACUCUCCAUCCUUCCUCUAUCCUCAUCUCAGCGCCUCCACACGAUCCAUCUCUCGUCCCCUCCCCCCCCCCCCGCCCCGGGCGAGGGUUAGAGACACCGCCUCGCGAAUGGCCAGCCCGUCCAAUCACUUGCCCGCUACACCCAAGAUCCUCCUCCGCUCCUCGCCGUCGAACCCGAUCUUUCUCGCCUCCAACCGGAGUUUGUUCUUCGGCGAUGCCUCCUGUCUUAGCCGGCGGCGGAGGCGGCAUCGGGCGGCGGCGCUCAGGGGAGUCGGUGCGAGCGGAUGGUCCUCGGCGUCUGUUAAGGCGGUGCUUGACGUGGACCGCCAGGGGGCUGCUCUCAGGGCGUCGGUGGUCAAACAGCGUUGUCCGGAUGAUCGGCCACAGGUUGCUAGUUUGAGCGAUAUCAUCUCAGAAAGAGGAGCUUGUGGGGUUGGGUUCAUUGCAAACUUGAAGAACGAGCCUUCUCAUAAGAUUGUAAAGGAUGCUCUUACAGCUCUGGGUUGCAUGGAACAUCGUGGAGGUUGUGGGGCAGAUAAUGAUUCUGGUGAUGGGGCUGGUGUGAUGACUUCAGUUCCAUGGCAGCUGUAUGAUAAUUGGGCUGUCAAACAAGGACUUGCUUCCUUGGACAGGUCGAAGACUGGCGUUGGAAUGGUUUUUCUUCCAAAAGAUGAAAAGUUCAUGAAAGAAGCAAAAUCAGUAAUCUCGAAGAUAUUCUUAAAAGAAGGAUUGGAGGUCAUUGGUUGGAGACCUGUUCCGGUGAAUUCAUCAAUAGUUGGUUACUAUGCCAAAGAAGCAAUGCCUAGUAUACAACAAGUGUUUGUCAAAGUUUCAAAAGAGGAGAAUGCCGAUGACAUUGAGAGAGAAUUAUAUAUUUGUAGAAAGUUAAUUGAAAGGGCAACAAAAUCAGAAGAAUGGAAAGAUGAUGUCUACUUUUGUUCUCUAUCAAAUAAAACAAUAGUUUACAAGGGCAUGCUUCGCUCAGAAGUUCUGGGACAAUUUUAUUUGGACCUCCAGAAUGAACUUUAUGAAUCUCCUUUCGCAAUCUAUCAUCGAAGAUAUAGCACUAAUACUAGCCCCAGAUGGCCUCUUGCGCAACCAAUGAGGUUACUUGGUCAUAAUGGGGAGAUCAAUACGAUACAGGGGAACUUGAACUGGAUGCAAUCUAGAGAAGCAACACUAAAGUCCCCUGUUUGGCGUGGUCGCGAGAAUGAAAUUCGGCCGUUUGGUAAUCCAAAGGCAUCUGAUUCAGCAAACCUUGAUAGUGCAGCAGAGUUAUUACUGCGAAGUGGUCGAAGCCCAGCAGAAGCUCUUAUGGUUCUUGUUCCUGAGGCAUAUAAGAAUCAUCCUACACUGAUGAUAAAAUAUCCAGAGGUUGUUGACUUUUAUGACUACUACAAAGGACAAAUGGAAGCUUGGGAUGGACCUGCCUUGCUUUUAUUCAGUGAUGGAAGAACGGUUGGAGCUUGUCUUGAUCGAAAUGGUCUUCGUCCUGCUCGAUAUUGGCGAACAGUCGAUGACAUUGUCUAUGUUGCAUCUGAGGUUGGUGUUCUGCCAAUGGACGAAUCAAAGAUUAUAAUGAAGGGUCGAUUAGGUCCAGGAAUGAUGAUAACUGUUGAUCUACAGAGUGGUCAGGUUUAUGAAAAUACUGAUGUUAAGAAGAGUGUUGCUUCAGCAUAUCCAUAUGGCAAUUGGUUGCGUGAAAACAUGCGCAAUAUGAAACCUGGAAACUUCCUCUCAUCUGUUGUGAUGGAUAAUGAAACAACCUUAAGACACCAGCAGGCAUUUGGCUACUCAAGUGAAGAUGUCCAAAUGGUCAUUGAAACGAUGGCCUCACAAGGGAAGGAGCCAACAUUUUGCAUGGGUGAUGACAUUCCAUUGGCAGUAAUUUCGCGGAAGCCGCAUAUGCUUUAUGACUAUUUCAAGCAGCGUUUUGCUCAGGUCACGAAUCCUGCGAUUGAUCCCCUCAGGGAGGGUUUAGUGAUGUCUCUGGAGGUUAAUAUUGGAAAGCGUAGAAACAUUUUAGAAGUUGGACCUGAGAAUGCUUCUCAGGUUAUUCUGUCAAGUCCAGUGCUGAAUGAAGGGGAGCUCGAGUCACUGAUGAAGGAUCCAAACUUACAAGCGCAAAUCUUGUCUACAUAUUUUGAUAUCCGGAAAGGCUUAGAUGGCUCAUUGGAGAAAGCACUGCAAAGGCUUUGUGAAGCAGCUGAUGAAGCUGUACGGGAUGGUUGCCAACUACUUGUUCUUUCUGAUCGUUCUGAGGAUCUGGAGCCAACUCGUCCUGCUAUCCCUGUACUUUUAGCUGUUGGUGCUGUCCACCAGCAUUUGAUUCAAAAUGGAUUGCGGAUGUCAGCUUCCAUUGUUGCUGAUACUGCUCAAUGUUUCAGCACCCAUCACUUUGCAUGUUUGAUUGGAUAUGGAGCAAGUGCGGUAUGCCCAUAUUUGGCACUAGAGACAUGUCGCCAGUGGAGGCUGAGUACAAAAGCUGUCAGCUUGAUGCGGACUGGAAAGAUGCCUACAGUGACAAUAGAGCAAGCUCAGAGGAACUUCUGCAAGGCUGUGAAAUCUGGUCUUCUCAAAAUAUUGUCAAAGAUGGGAAUCUCUUUGCUUUCCAGUUAUUGUGGGGCACAAAUAUUUGAAAUAUAUGGACUUGGACAAGAAAUUGUGGAUAUUGCUUUCUGUGGGAGUGUAUCAAAGAUAGGCGGACUAACUCUUGAUGAGUUGGCAAGAGAAACAUUGUCCUUCUGGGUCAAGGCAUUCUCGGAGGAUACAGCCAAGAGGCUAGAGAAUUUUGGAUUUAUUCAAUUCAGACCUGGAGGCGAAUAUCAUGGAAACAAUCCAGAAAUGUCCAAACUUCUACAUAAAGCAGUUCGUCAAAAAAGUGAAAAUGCAUAUUCUAUUUACCAGCAGCACCUUGCAAAUCGACCUGUGAAUGUUCUCCGUGAUCUUCUGGAGCUUAAGAGUGGUAGGGCACCAAUUCCAAUUGGCAAAGUUGAAUCUGCAGUCUCCAUUGUCCAGCGCUUCUGCACUGGUGGAAUGUCUCUUGGAGCUAUUUCAAGAGAAACACAUGAAGCAAUUGCAAUUGCAAUGAACAGAUUAGGAGGAAAGUCAAACUCUGGAGAAGGGGGCGAGGAUCCAGUUCGUUGGAGUCCUCUUACUGAUGUUGUUGAUGGGUAUUCUCCAACGCUUCCUCAUCUGAAGGGUCUUCAAAACGGGGAUACCGCCACAAGUGCAAUUAAACAGGUUGCUUCAGGACGAUUUGGUGUCACUCCUACAUUUUUAGUUAAUGCUGAUCAGCUGGAAAUUAAAAUUGCACAAGGUGCAAAACCUGGUGAGGGAGGCCAGCUGCCUGGGAAGAAAGUUAGUGCUUAUAUUGCUCGGUUAAGAAACUCUAAGCCUGGGGUUCCACUUAUAUCUCCACCUCCACAUCAUGACAUUUAUUCGAUUGAGGAUCUUGCUCAGUUAAUUUAUGAUCUUCAUCAGGUCAAUCCUAAGGCCAAGGUAUCUGUAAAACUUGUGGCAGAAGCUGGAAUUGGCACUGUAGCCUCUGGUGUAGCCAAAGGCAAUGCUGAUAUUAUACAGAUUUCAGGACAUGAUGGAGGAACGGGAGCAAGCCCUAUAAGCUCAAUUAAACAUGCUGGAGGUCCAUGGGAACUCGGUUUGACUGAAACUCAUCAGACGCUUAUUCAAAAUGGCUUGAGAGAAAGGGUGAUCUUGAGAGUUGAUGGUGGAUUUAAGAGUGGCAUUGAUGUCCUCAUGGCUGCUGCCAUGGGUGCUGAUGAGUAUGGUUUUGGGUCUGUGGCCAUGAUAGCUACUGGAUGUGUCAUGGCACGUAUUUGCCAUACAAAUAACUGUCCUGUUGGGGUUGCCAGUCAGAGAGAAGAGCUUCGUGCUCGUUUUCCUGGGGUUCCUGGAGAUCUGGUCAAUUACUUUUUGUAUGUUGCAGAGGAGGUUAGAGGGGUUUUGGCUCAACUUGGAUAUGAGAAGUUGGAUGACAUAAUUGGGCGAACAGAUUUAUUAAAACCAAGACAUAUCUCUUUGACAAAAACUCAACAUCUUGAUCUCAGUUACCUUCUUUCAAAUGUUGGCUUACCUAAAUGGAGCAGCACUGAGAUAAGGAAUCAGGAUGUUCAUACUAAUGGACCUAUAUUAGAUGAAAUUAUACUUUCUGAUCCUGAGAUAUCCAAUGCAAUUGAGAAUGAAAAAGAGGUCAAUAAAACUGUAAAGAUUUAUAAUGUUGAUCGUGCUGUUUGUGGUCGCAUAGCUGGUGUUAUAGCCAAGAAGUAUGGAGAUGUAGGUUUUGCGGGGCAGCUUAAUCUAACAUUUAUUGGAAGUGCUGGACAAUCCUUUGCUUGCUUCUUGACUCCUGGAAUGAAUAUUCGACUAGUUGGGGAAGCUAAUGAUUAUGUUGGAAAGGGUAUGGCUGGCGGAGAGCUGGUAGUAACACCUGUUGAUGACACUGGUUUCUGCCCGGAGGAUGCUACAAUAGUAGGUAACACCUGUCUAUAUGGUGCAACUGGUGGUCAAAUCUUUGUGAGAGGGAAAGCAGGUGAGCGAUUUGCCGUUAGAAAUUCUCUUGUGGAAGCUGUAGUUGAGGGCACUGGGGAUCAUUGUUGCGAGUACAUGACUGGUGGAUGUGUGGUGGUACUUGGAAAAGUGGGCAGAAAUGUUGCUGCUGGCAUGACUGGUGGUUUGGCUUAUAUUCUUGAUGAGGAUGACACUCUUAUUCCCAAGGUCAACAAGGAGAUAGUGAAGAUUCAGAGGGUAAAUGCCCCAGCAGGACAAAUGCAGCUGAAGAGCUUGAUAGAAGCUCACGUGGAAAAAACUGGUAGUAGUAAAGGUGCUGCGAUUUUGAGGGAGUGGGAGGUGUAUCUUCCUCUGUUUUGGCAAAUCGUACCUCCUAGCGAAGAAGACACACCAGAGGCAUGUACAGAAUUCGAAAGAAUAGUGGCUAAGCGAGGCAUGACGCUACAAUCCGCCUGAUAAGAAAUCGCAAGACUGAAGACUCCUUAUCUGCCACAGCACUACUCUUCAUAAACAAUGCCAUGUAUGGUUAAUGCAUCUAACAUCGAGGAUGCACAUCAAGAGGGACCAGCAUCACUUGGGGCAGGUAGCGUGAUUCAUCAAUCAUGUCAUGUGGUCCUUUGCAUUAGUCUACUGCAAGAUUAAUGUUGCAUGCAGCUUAAGUUUAUUUCUUGUAAAUCUCAGUUGACUUACAUUCUCUCUCUCUCUCUCUCUCUCUCUCUCUCUCUCUCUCUCUCUCUCUCUUAGUUGGUGUAAUUAGAACAUUCAAUUCAGGAUUAUCUGAAUCGUAGCUCUUUUGGGAUAUAGGUAACUAUUUGGUACAUGGAAGAUAUCUAUGUCAUAUUUUAUGGUUGAUAAUAAAAGCUACCAUGUCGUUUUGCUUUA